GUGCCCAGGGCAGCGCUACAUCCGGAAGUCUGGCACGUGUUCUGGUGGAUUGGGUCCGGGGAAACGUGUUCACAAACGGACUGUUUCCGGGCAACCGGACUCGGGGCACAAACACAUCCGGGCAGAGCUCUGAGGCUGAGGCACUGCCCCUAUCGGGCCGGCCGAGUCCGCUCUGGGGUCCGCGGCCACCAUGGUGCUGUCCGCGGUUAUCGGGAAGCUGCAGCACAAGCGCGUGGUCCUGGCCAGCGCGUCCCCGCGCCGCCGGGAGAUCCUCAACAAUGCGGGUCUCCAGUUCGAGGUCGUGCCCUCCAGGUUCAGGGAGACGCUGGACAAGACUGCGUUCCCCAGCGCAGCUGCCUACGCCGAGGAAACAGCAAAGCACAAGGCCCUGGAAGUGGCCACGCGCAUGCACCAGAAGGACCAGCGGGCACCGGACGUGGUCAUCGGGGCAGACACUGUGGUGGCGGUGUCGGGGCUAAUCCUGGAAAAGCCUGUGGACAAGCAGGACGCCUACCGCAUGCUGACUAGGCUGAGUGGCCGGGAACACAGCGUGUUCACCGGAGUGGCCGUAGUACUCUGCACCUCCGCAGAGGGUCGCCUGCACACACAUGCCUCCGCCUUCUCCGAGGAGACUCGCGUGCGGUUCUCCGAGCUGUCAGAGGAGCUAGUGUGGGAGCACGUGCUCAGUGGGGAGCCCAUGGACAAGGCCGGAGGCUAUGGACUGCAGGCGCGGGGCGGGAUGCUGGUUGAGUCCGUGCUUGGUGAUGCACUCAACGUGAUUGGCUUCCCACUGAACCGCUUCUGCCGGGAGCUCCCCGCGCUGCUGGGGCCAGAAGAUCCCAAACCCCAAAACACACAGGAGGACUCCAAGCCCCUCCAGGACCCCACAGGGGAUGCCGCCAUCCACUCUGAGCCCCAGGACCCAUUUACUGGAUACCCCGCCAAACUAGUGGACCUCAUGGAGGGGUUCAAGGCCUCCAAGGUCCUGUUUACUGCCUGCCAGCUCCGUGUGUUUGACCUCCUGCAGGAAAUGUCGCCCCUGACGGCCAGGGAGCUGGCAGGGCGGGUGGAGGCCUCUGUGCUGGGGACGGAGCGGCUGCUGGAGGCCUGCGUGGGACUGGGGCUGCUGGAGAAGACGGCGCUUGGCUACAGCAACUCAGCACUGGCAGCUGCACACCUGCUGUCAGGUGGAGAACUAUCGCUGCACGACCUCGCACUGCACCUGGAAGCUGAGUCCUGGCCUCUCUUCUCGCACCUGGAGGCUGCUGUGCGCAAGGGGACGGUUCCCUGGACCCAGUCACUGAAGGAAGAGGCAGUGGUGAAGCAGGCCCUUGGUGUACCCCUGCCUGGACUGGCUUGUCCCCGCACUGCUCGCCGGGUGGCCGGAGCUCUCGACCUGUCCUGCUUUGCCUCGGCCUGCUGCAUGGGAGGAGGCACCGAUGUGCUGGCCAGUGCCUUGGCCCUGGAGUAUCCGCGGAUGCGUGUGACUGCGUGGGCCGGCUCGGCAGGUCCCACUCCCACGCACGACCUCCCUGUGGCUGACCUCUACGUGGCCAGUGGCCUCCUGCAGGCUCCACCUGACGCCCGCACGGAGGACGCGUUGCGGGCGCUCGUGGGGUGCUGCCCACCAGGGGGCGGGCUUCUGCUGGUGGAAGCCACCACCGAGGAGGAAGAGAAGGAGGCGACCCCGAGGACACGGAUGCUGGCGCUGGAGCUGCUGCUGCGUGCUGGGGCGCAGCCCCGGACCCUGGCCCGAUGCCGGGAGCUUCUGGCAGGGCUCGAACUCGGGACUGUACGCACGGCCCCCGCGGGCCCUGGGCUGGGCGUGCUGUUGUGCACGCGGACCCCCGACCACCCCGGACGCAAUAAAGACAGCGAGUGACC